UUGGCGUGUGCACUAAGGCGUGGCGGUUGCGGCUCUACGUCACAGCCUUAUGUUUACCGAUAUUGAGUAGACGACUUGGGUUAUAAGAGUUUGUGUAGCAGUCGUUUUAUCCCCCUUUUGUGUAUCUAAGUGCAAUUACAGCGAAGUGAGCAUGGCUGCUACGUUUGCAAGAUUAUUACUCGGCCGAACCAGCGUGCUAACUGCAGUAAUGCCUAAAAUCUUAACCAUUCGAAGCCUCGGCGAUUUUUCAGGACUCGGAAAACUCAACCACGUCGCAAUUGCGGUGCCCGACUUAGAAAAGGCUACAAGUUUGUAUAGAGACGUACUUCAAGCUCCUGUUAGCGACGUGGACCUUCUACCAGAACAUGGAGUUAAAGUUGUAUUUGUGAACUUACCAAACACUAAAAUAGAAUUGUUGCACCCACUGGGUGAGAAUAGCCCAAUAUCUGCGUUUCUGGAGAAAAAUAAAUCUGGUGGGAUUCACCAUAUAUGUAUUGAAGUUGAAAAUAUAAAAGAUGCAAUGGGUACAUUGAUGGCAAAGAACAUUAGACUGCUUAGUGAAGAGCCCAAAAUAGGCGCACAUGGAAAACCAGUUGUAUUUUGCCAUCCCAAGGAUUGUGGGGGAGUUUUAUUAGAACUUGAAGAAUUAUGAUUAACUUCUGUUUCUACCAGGCAAAAUAUAUUACUAAUCUUAUGCCAUGAAAGUGGGAUAGAAUUUAAUAAAAACAACUCUAGUCUGGGGGUGUGUUACUUAAGAAUGAUUGCUAGCAUGUUCUGUUAAGUUUUAUCAUGCAAACAUUAUCACUGUUAUAUGUAUUGUGUCUGUAUUCUCUUGUAUGAGGCUGAGGUCCUACAUUGAGGGCUGAGGCAUGUCAUUGGAUUUAGGCAUAAGUCGAAUAAUUGUGAUUUGUGUCUGUAUUGCAUCAUGUGAUAUCAGAUCUAAUAGUUUGCAAUCGUUUUUUCCUUUUUAUUUACCGUAUAG